AAACAAAAUUUAAAAAUUACUGAAUGGGAUUCAAGUAAAAAUUAUUGGACAUUAGCUAGUACUACAAGAAGAUCCCAAGAAGGAGCACUUAUUAUUGGUUCUGGUCUAGAAGGAAAGAAAGAGGCAGAAUGGACACAAGACAAAGGAGAGAAAACCGUAUUUUCUUUAUUUGGUGAAUAUGCUAAAUUCUAUAGUCCAAGAUCUUGUCCAAACUUCAUAGAACAACAGAAAAUGGCAGUAAAAGACUUGUUAACAAAGGGUGCAACAAAUUAUAAAAAUUUAUUUGCAAAAUUAAAAGAAGCGUAUAAAAUAGAUGCAACGAAAGGUCCUCAGAAUGUUUGGCUGGCAUAUGAAACUUUAAAUUUACAAAGCAAGCUCAAUCAAGCUCCAGAAUGGUUUGAAAGUAUGAAAAACGAGCUGAAAAGUUUUUCCGAAGAAUAUUUAUGGAGGGCUCUAACUUCUAAUGAGAAUCUUAGAAAGAUGUCAGGAGGCCGUAUGAUUAACGAUAUAUUGAACGAUAUCGAUAGUAUAAAAGAAGGAAAGGGACAACCGGGUGCUCCUGGAAAAACAGGAAAUAAAUUAUCAGUGCUGACCGUUCCUCAAGCUAUCUUAGCAGCAUUUGUUUCAGCUUUUGCUCCCAAAGGUACAAAAAUUGAAAAUCAGGACCUUGGUCCGUCUAGUUUAUAUCCUGGCCAAGGAGCACUCCACGUUAUUGAACUGCACAAGGAUAACAACCAAUGGAGUGUGAAAGUUCUCUAUAGAAACAAUGACAAAAUGGAACUGAGACCUAUGAAACUUCCAUCAUGCGAUGACAAAUGUCCUUAUGAAACUUUUAAAUCAACUCUACAAUCCUAUGAUAUGAAAAAGCAAGAUCAUGAUAAAUUAUGUAAAAAGCAAUAAAACUGUUGG